AUGGACACACCUAUCACCAGCAUCCCAAUGGUUUCCGACACGAGCGUCGCACCACUACAAUCAUCACACUAUCAUACGGAACUGACAAAUAUUAAUAACUUUAAUCAUAGUGAUGCCAAUAAUUCCAAACCAAAAGCGGGUCCACUGAAAGCCUUGGAUGAAAGUAAAAUUAAAGUGAUCACGGAAAAACAUUUAGUAAGACAUCAUUCCUAUGAAAUAUUUGAUUUUGGAUUAGUGGAUCCGAUCGGAUCUUUUAAUGAAUCAUCCAUUCCCAUCACAUUACUAAAAGAAUUAAUUUACAACAAACACAAAAUUCAACCAGAAAAUCAAAAACUCUGGCUCUUUGUAACAAGGACUAACGGAACCUACCGACCGUUUGAUACAUUGGACAAAGAAUAUUUCGAUCAUUUCUUUUAUGAGAGAGAAUAUGCAAUAUUUGUGGAGCAAGUAGCUAGUCAACAACCUCCAGCAACGAAACAUAUUUCAAUAUUUGUAAAAUACUAUGAUAUUGAUACUCAGCAAUUAUUAUUCUGUGGCCAUGCUUCCCUAGAGGCAGACAAAACAUUUCUUGAGUGUAUGAGCAGUUUCAGUGAGAUGUGUCAAACAAAACUUAACGUGAUAUGUAACGAUUUUGAUAUUUAUGAAGAAGUUUUUCCAUCAAGGAUUGACCUAUGUACGCUCACUCACCGACUUGGACAUGAGGCUGAAUUAAUUGAUGGUGAUAUCUUAAUUUUGCAAAGAAAAAUUCACACCAAAUUUGACAACUCUCAAAUAAUGCUUCAAAUUCCUACAAUCAUUUGGGAAUACAUUAAGAAAGACAAAUAUUUAAUCAAAAGCAAAGAUGAUGAUCAUGUAGAUGAGGACCUGCCGACGACAUCAUUUGAUGUUAACUGGUACUAUAGGCUCUUAUCUCGAUUCGAUCAGUAUUUGGUUGGCUGUCUUGCAUCAGAUAAUCACACGACUCUGGUGAAGGAGUUACUAAAGGUGCGAUUGGACUGGCUAGGUGUUUCUCAAGAAUUUCCUAUAUUUAUCAAAUAUCGCCUCAAACAACCAAUUUUGAGUAUAUUGGCUGAAAAUAAUUGUAUACAGACAGCACAGAUGCUCCUUAAAGAAUUCAAAGCGAAUGUAAAUGUGUCCUGCAAAAGAAGAACCAAGUCAAACGGUGUUUAUUAUUCGAUCAAUUCUCUCUAUUGGGCAGCGGAAAAAGGGCAUUUAGAAAUGGUACAGCUGUUGCUUAAUCAUGGAAGCCACAAAAUUUCAUCUCCAAAGAAUAAUCGUCAUACGGAUUCCAAACUGGUUGCACUGGAACACCACCACUAUGAUGUGGCUCGAUAUCUUGAGAUGUUUACUUAUUCAAAUUAUUUACUGAAACGACAUUUCAUAAAACCUCCAGACCAAAGGUUGAGCGAUAUUGUAAUUUUUACCAACACGGGCACACACGAUUAG